AUGAACCGCUCAAUUCUACGUGCUGCUGCACGAUCAAUCCAGGCUGGUCGUUCCGUCGCUAGCCGGCGGCAUGCUUCUUCGGCCGUUUUCGAUUGGGAAGAUCCUCUUGCCGCCGCGGAGCUAUACACAGAGGAGGAGCUGGCCAUUCAGGACACAGCCCGACAAUACUGCCAGGAAAAGUUAAUGCCAAGAGUUCUUGAGGCCUACCGCAAUGAAAAUUAUGAUCGUCGCAUCCUCGAAGAAAUGGGCGAAUUAGGCCUUCUAGGUGCUUCAAUUGAGGGCUACGGAUGCGCCGGUGUGAGUACUGUCGCCUCAGGCCUAAUAACUAAGGAAGUGGAGCGUGUGGACAGUGGCUAUCGAUCGGGAAUGUCGGUGCAGAGCUCUCUCGCUAUGACAGGAAUCUACGAAUUUGGCACAGAAGAGCAGAAGCAGCGGUUUCUUCCAGGUCUGGCCAAGGGCCAACUAGCUGGGUGCUUUGGACUGACAGAACCGAAUCACGGCUCCGAUCCAGGAUCUAUGGAGACGGUUGCGCGCGAGCACCCGACACAGAAGGGCAUGUACUUGCUGAGUGGCAGCAAGACGUGGAUCACCAACUCGCCCAUCUCAGACUUGGCUCUCGUGUGGGCAAAGCUCGAGUCAACGGGUAAAAUCCGGGGCUUUGUGGUUGAGCGCUCGCGAUGCCCACCAGGCACUUUUGAGACGCCUGCUAUCAAGAACAAGUCUGCUUUGCGCGCUUCAAUUACGGGUAUGAUUCAGAUGGACGAUUGCCCUGUCCCGGCAGAGAAUAUGUUCCCGGAUGUCGAGGGCCUGAAGGGUCCAUUUACUUGCUUGAAUAGUGCGCGCUUAGGCAUUGCAUUUGGUAGUAUGGGCGCAUUGGAGGACUGUCUGUCUCGUGCUCGAGAAUACAGUCUCCAGCGAAAACAGUUCAAGGGUAAUCCAUUAGCUAAGUACCAACUCAUUCAAAAGAAGCUGGCUGAUGCAGCGACCGAUGCUGCAUACGGUACAUUAGCUGCAGUACAGGUGGCUCGUCUCAAGGAUUCUGGGAAGGCUACCCCGGAAAUGAUAUCUAUGAUCAAGCGCCAAAACUGUGAUAGAGCAUUGGUCAAUUCACGAAUUCUGCAAGAGGUAUUUGGCGGCAAUGCCGCGAGCGACGAGUAUCAUAUCGCGCGCCAUGUAGCCAACUUGUUUGUUGUGCAAACCUACGAAGGCCAGAGCGAUAUUCAUGCAUUGAUUCUAGGCCGGGCUAUUACCGGCGUACAGGCAUUUGUUUAG